GACUUGAACUCACAACCCCUAGAUCAAGAGUCACAUGCUUUACCGACUGAGCCAGCCAGGUGCCCCAGAUACACACAGUUUAACCAGUAAAUUAUAAAUCAAAUUCCUGCAUGAUCCCAAGAGCUACAGGAGCCAUGGUAGGCUUUUGAGCAGGGGUGACAUGAUCAGACUUGGCAGGUGGGCCAAGGGCACUUGAGAAGACAUCUGCAUCAUCCUGGUGAGGCAGGCUAGUGGCUUGAAGCAUGUGCAGGUAGGAGAGGGGGGCUGAGGGGACUCAUCAUUCUGGGGGCCCCAGGGGCUGCUGGUGGGCCUAGAUCACUGAAGUUGCCCAUCAAGGAAGACAACUGGAACAGGGCUGGUGGGUUGAGCAAGAGUGUGGCUUGUGCACUCAGGGCACCUCUGAUGCCAGGGCAAUGUCCGGGUAGGGGGGUGGACAGCCAUGGUGAGAGGCCAGGUGAGGGCAGGUGAGGCUGGGGAUGCAGCUCUGGGAGGACCGCCUGACCACCUCAGGCUUCAGUCCCUGCUCCUGGCUGCCCUGGGUGCAGCUGGGCCUGCUGUGUCUUUAAGGGCUCUGUAUUGCUCUUCCUCCCACUGACGUCAGGGCUAGGGGAGGACCAAGAUUUGCUUUCUGUUUCCUGGAAAGGGGAGGAGAUUGAGACUGAGUGGCCCAUGAUGGAAAGAGGGGAAGUCCAGGGGUGCUGGAGCCCUGGGAGUGAAGGCGGAGGCUAACAUGGGGUUUGGGACAACUGUAGCCAUUGGCCUGACCAUCUUUGUGCUUGCUGUGGUCACCCUCAUCAUCUGCUUCACGUGUUCCUGCUGCUGUCUCUACAAGAUGUGCCGCCGGCCACCACGUCCGGUGGUAACCACCACCACGGCUACCACCGUGGUACACACCCCUUACCCUCAGCCUCCAAGUGUGCCACCCGGCUACCCUGGACCGACGUACCAGGGCUACCACCCCAUGCCCCCGCAGCCAGGGAUGCCGGCAGCACCCUACCCGACACAGUACCCACCACCCUACCCUGCCCAGCCAAUGGGCCCCCCGGCUUACCACGAAACAUUGGCCGGAGGUGCCGCCAUGCCCUACCCUGCCAGCCAGCCUCCUUACAACCCGGCCUACAUGGACCCCCCGAAGGCAGCCCCCUGAGCAUGUCUCUGUGCCUCUGGCUGCCACUUGAUUGUGUGCGUGUGUGUGUGUGUGAGAGAGAGAGAAUGGGUAUGUAUAUGUGGGUGCAGUCUUUUCUCCCCGUGCCUGGUGUUUGUCCUGUCUGUACACGAGACUUCUUAUGCCAGCAUGGUUGGGAGACAUCCUUGCUGGAGUUGCUGGGACCCUACUUUGUUCUCUUCCUCACUUGAAAUUGUGCUCGUUUGAAAUCUCAAAACUUAAAAACUGGGGUGGGAGUUCUUUUUCAUAUCACCCCAGGGAGGUCAAGCAGGUGGGGCUCCUUAUGCUAGGGUAGUAUGGCCUUUUGUGGGCAACACGCACACGUGUUCCAGUUUUCGUGGAGGCUAGCCACUGCUCAAGGCCAUGGCCUGUCCCCAGGGUGGGGUACUCUUCAAAGAACCAGAGCCAUCAUGGCAUGGGGGUGAGGCUUGGGGACAUGGCUAGGUUGGGUUUUAAUCUUUUCGGCGACAUCCCAUAGCCCCCAGAGCCUGUGCCAUGCCCAGCAGAGGGCAGGCAGCCUCCUGAAACCAACUCACCCAAACGCUGCCUGCACUGUUCCUGGCACCACCUGGAGGGCCACGGUCACCCACAGUUCUGGCUGCCGUGACCUGCAUCACGGUCUGCGGGGUAGCCUCGGUCCACUUGCAUACUCAGGUGUCCUCCUUGCAGUGUUUUUGUUUUCCUUCUAGCCGACCAUUUUGCCUGUUUUCCUGCUCAAAAUGUAUGUGAUAGUUUUUGUGAAGCUGAAACCCCUGGGUCCUGGAGGGAAAUUGGCCCACAGUGGAGAGGGACUGUCUGACCUCUGAUAGUCCCUGCUUCUCCUGACACCAGCUUCACAGAAUAGCCAGCUCCUGUACCCCAGCCCAGAGUCCUGUCCUGUACCCCAGGACAAGCUGGGCCAAGGGGCUGUCUGGACCAAAGGUGAAAGGGGCCCUAGGUGGCUGCUCUGGCCCAGGCAUGAGUACCUCGGUGUUCCCUGUCCCUCUGUUAAUAUCUCACCAGCUCUGUCUUAGCUUUGUACCUGUUGACGUGUUUCUGAGAGUCUAGGGUCUGCACCUUUGUUUAUAAUAAAUGCAAACAUUUGGG